AUGUUUUUUCUGCGAUCUUUGCUGUAUCUGGCGCCUGCUCUGGUUUAUGCGAUCUACAAUGACCAUCCUGAGGGUAGAUUCAGGAGAGAUGAACCCCAAAAGAUUUCAAGCGGUAUAUCAGCGGCCUCUCAUAAUUUGGAGAACGUUGCCAGAGACAGUCAUAGAAACAGUCGAAGCAUAACGACGAUUGCGGGUCAUGAAUAUACAUCCAAUGCAGUCAACUUGACCAAUCUCAAGGCUAGUCUUGCCACACGACUAAGAGUACCAAGUCGCGCCUCUGGAAUCUCCUCCGCUACGAAAUGGCCGGCGGCGUCCAGUCUACCGCCCACGGCUUCAUCGUGGAAUUACUCGUUGACGUUCCAGGGGAGAGCGAUGGAAGUUGCCGCUACUUCCCAUUUGGCCUACAAAACUACCUCAUCUGUCAAGAUUGUGAAACAUCCUCUAUCCAUGGACCAUCCGUCUCGGGAUCCGGAAGCUCUUGGGUUGCCCAGAGUGCCCGGAGUGGUAUUCUCCAAUUGUCAUCUCCAAUUGGUCCUUCUUUUCCCGUUCAGGCGACACGCCUGGAAUACUUCACAGGCACUGAAGUCCUUCUCAACAUUACUCUCAAGAUCUUCUCUUUUCUCGCCUUUGGCUGCGCUUAGCACUGCAGCGGCACCGAGCGCCUUGAAUACAUCUGCUACUUUAUCACCCAACUUGGCUUCGGGUGUAACAAGCCAAGCUUCUUUCUCUACGCACACUACUGCGUGGCUUUCAACUACAUCGACAGGUGCUAGUGCCUCAGAUAUUUACAGCAUGCCGAUAACGACAACCAUUACAUCUCCCCCAUCGGCGUACUUCACCUCAACAGCGUCGAAUAGUGACUGGACUACAGACACCACGACCUUAAUAGAGGGUACCAUCCGCCCUGUCUUGGUCGGCUGCAAAGUUUGCGGGGGUCUUCACCAUGGUAUUGUCAUUGCUGUUUUAGGAGGCGCACAAGCAGAUCCCAGACGCACGGGAUGCGGAUCCGGUUCAAUCUUCGGCUCAGUAUUCGGAUGUGGGUCCGAGUUCGACUUUGCCCCGCUGCCUCCUUUCAUCAUUGGACUGGAUGGUAUACCUACCGAGGAAAGCGCUGAUGGCGAAGGUGGUGACAGUAAAGUCUGUGAAGAUGACAAUAUUUGCUCCCUUCCAACAUCGGAGGAGAAAAAGUCCCAGGAACCUACCACCUUAACCAUUAUGCCGACCUCAAUUUCCUCUUUAGGUUCGAGUACCAUCUCAGAUACUACUCCUAGUACGUCCGGUGGUUCAUCACGCGAAUACAUGAUCUUCCCUACGGCUGGCAUAACUUCUAGCGAGUUGACUGCCCUCACGGAAUACUUCACAGAUGAACUAGGGGCCGGCAAUGUAUUACCAAUUUCUCUAAAUGACGCUGGUGACCAAGUCAUGUAUGUUGCAUACUCGAGCGAAAUAUUCGCCUCAGACCUCCAGACACUAAAUCCCAAGGUUGAGUCUGUUGUGGCCGACGUAGCGCAAACGAUAUGGGAUGAUCCUCCUGCCGGAACGUUAUUAUCAUCCUUACAUCGACGAGCUAGAAAUAGAGAUCAGGGUAUCUUUGAGCAUGAUCUUGCGAAACGUGAAGAUGUGGACGGGAAACAAGAGUCCGCACCGCCCGAGCUCAGAUUUGUAUCACAGCCCAAAGGUGUCGGUCUUGACCUUCGUGGAGACGAGGACGACCUCGGCGGUAAUGUGGUGCCCUACUAUGCGUACUCCUCGGCUGCAGGAGAGGGUGUUACUGUAUAUGUCAUCGAUAGCGGUGCGAACCCUUCGAAUCCUGAGUACAUAGGAAUGCUUGGCACUAAGCGCUGGCUGGAAAUUGACCUAAUUAUGGAGCGGGGAACAAAAGUGAGUACGAUCCUUUCUGAACAAUUAGAUAACUGCGAGAACGAUUGGAGACAAGCACCUACAACCUAUAAGCGGAAUGUCUCUCGUAAAACGACACUCUCGAAAGCCUCACCAACGUACGCGGCAGGCCCGCGGAACCUCCAAUCGCUUGGUAGUAGAACAGCACCCGAAUACAGAGCGACGUUGUUCCAGCAGCCUCCAGAGGACCACUUUGCGACGGAAGAAUAA